AUGUCUCUUAUUGAACUUGAUGAUGGUGAUAUAUAUCAAGGUGAAUAUGAUACUGAAACUGAAUAGAUUGAUGGAAGAGGUAGACAUAUUUGGAGUAAUGGAAAUGUUUAUGAUGGAUUGUGGAAGAAUGACUAACACGAUGGAUAUGGAAGACAUAUAUUUAAUAAUCGAGGCUAUUACAUUGGUGAGUGGAAAGAUGGUAAUAUGAAUGGAUAUGGGAAAUAUUAUUAGGAAGAUGGAGAUAUUUAUGAGGGAUAGUGGCUUAAUAAUAAUAAAGAAGGAUUAGGAUUGAAUAAAUGGUGUGAUGGUGGUUAAUACUUUGGAUAAUGGGUGAAUGGUGAGGCAUAAGGGUUCGGAGUAUUCACUUGUGAGAAUGGAGAUAUUGAAGUUGGAUAGUGGAUGGAUGGUUAUAAACAUGGAAUACAGCUGUAUAUUCCAGUAGAUGGUGGAUAAAUAGAAAUAAGUAGAUAUGAGAACGAUGAGUUGAUAGAGACAUUACUUGAAAUUGAUCAAAGUUAAGAGUGA